AAGGAGAAAGACAGAGCUAUCACAGGCUGUUCAUUUUCUCAUAUAAUAAUCUGUUUAAUAGUUGUAACCUUAAACAAAACCACUUGUCAUGAAUGGACUUCCGGUCUGUGUGGUCCCCUGGAGAUAACGGCUGACACCCUGCUGAGCUCCAACCUGUUGAUGUCCAGAUGUUUGUCCGGUGUAUCUGCUGUCUCUCAGGCGAUGGAGUUGUCUCAGAGGGACCGGCUGUCGGAGCUGGUGGAGGAGCUGACCACAUCUGGACAGCCUCAGCUCCACCCGGAGCGGAUGAAGGAGGUGAAGAGGAUCUGCAGAGUGUCUAAUGACUGCAUCGAGCACGUGUACAACUCUGUGAUGUCUCAGCUGAACCAGGAACAUGCUGAGGUGCGACUGUCCGCCUUCCAGAUCGCCAUGGAGCUCUUCUCCAGGUCUCACCACUUCAGGACGCUGCUGGUGGACAACUUCCAGGAGUUCCUGGAGUUGACCGUGGAGACAGACUCGGAGCAGCCCCUCCCCCCUCCUAAGGAAGUAGCCAGGAAGUUGAGGGCACAGGCCAUCCAGGCUGUCCAAUCAUGGCAGGCCUCCUAUGGGACAGCCUAUAAGAAGUUAGCAUUAGGCUUCCACUUCCUCAAACAGGUGAAGAAGGUGGACUUCCAGGAUGCUGAGGCCCGGACCGUAUCAGAGAGGAGGAGGGAGGAGGAGAGGCAGAGGAAAAGGGAGAGGAUAUACAAGGAGAGAGUGGAGGCAGCCUCCACAGACAUGGAGGAGUCUUAUCAGGAGAUCGAGGCCACACUCACAGAGAUGGAGUCCUGUAUGAGCCUGCUCAUCCCCGGGUUCCACUUCACAGAGAGCCACACAGCCAAUAGCAGCCCUCCACACUCCCAACCAGCCAAUGAACCGUCAGCAGUGGAGGACGAGCCCUGCUGCAGCAAAGACCUGCAGGAGGAGCGGACGGAAGGGAGGGUACAGGAGGAGGAGGAGGAGAAGAAUAAUGACUCAGAGGAAACGAUAGGAGACAUGAAGGAAGGGAGGACAGAGGAGAGGGAUUUAGAGGGGAGGGGUGAGGAGAAGGGAAAGGAAGAUGAGGAGGAGGAGGAGGAGGAGGAAGAGGAGGAGGAAGAGAAAAGUAGUGAGGAAGCGUUCAUCCGGAGCUCUGGGCUGAUAUCUCACUCCUACAACCUGGACCUGAACCUCAGCCCUGGUCUUCAUGUCAGGGAGACGGAGGAUAAUGAGGCAGUGGUUACCACGGUGAUAGACCUCCAUCGGCUGAUAAUGAGCAAACACCUACCAGCUGUGCAGAGCUGGGUUCAGGUGUUCACUAAGUCGUGUGCUGAGCAGCGUCUCCUGCAGAGGGCUCUGGAUCUGAAGAGGAGUUUGGAAACUGUGCUGCAGAAACACAAAGAGCUGCACAUCGACUACAAGACCAGACAGCGCAGAGUGCAUGAUGCUGGUGGAAAUGAGUCCCAUCAGGAUCCAUCGGAUGCUCUGCCUUGCUGACUCCAGAGAUACAGAGGUGGUCAGCAGCACAGAAGGCCACUUAGAAGAGUU